UGUCAGAACAAGCUGGCAAAACAAAAUAAGUCUGUUAACACAUAUUUCUAAAAACAAUCCAGUUCUCCACACACUCGCACAAUUCAAUUCCUAUUCAAAAAUAUUACAAAUCGCGUUAAUAUCAGUUAAUUCAGCAGAAUCUUCUCUGGUUACUCUCUUACCUAAGCCAUUUUACGCACUGCGGUCAGUCAGUUCAAAUUUUGGAGUUGCAUUUCACAAGUUUUGCAUACAUCUUUCAACAUACAACAAACACCAAUCAAGCAAAGUUCCUUUCUGGGGUUGGGCCUUCGAUUUGGCUUAGAGGGUGACCACCAAUCAAUCAAUCCAAUAGUCAGAAGCAAGGCCAGCCCUAUGCUUCACUUGAUAGUAGGCUGCGAUUGAGGGCUUAUUUUCACAAAUGUCGAUCUGUUAAGGAACUCGUAGCAACUCAAAACAUUUUAUAUAUUUAUAAACUUCCGGCCAAGUUGGGAUACAGUCACGUAAAAGCCAGUGUGAAUCUGUAUACGUAUUUAUAUUUUUUAUGUCUGCAAAUUUAGGGUGGAAACUGUAGCCACCAUAUCAAUCGAGACAACGUGCACAAUUUUCAAUUUGCAAAUUAAACGCAAACAUGUCUUUCCAUGGACGAGAUGUAAAGAAGCGCCCGAGUGUUGUGGUAUCGGUGCCACCACUCGUAAAGAAAUCCAGCAAGAGCCGCUCAUUUCACUUUCGCUAUUUGGAGCUCUGUCGUGCCAAGAAUCUUACCCCAGUGCCAAAUCUACGUGCCAAUCCCAAUGCCACCACAUACCUCGAUCUGCUCGGCGAUAAGCUGGGCGUCACUGAAUGGCUGCUGAUCAUCGAGGCGCUUCAUCAUGAUCUUGUGCUCCAAACUUUAAUCGUGCGCAUGCGUCGAGCCAAUGGAGAUAACGUCAUUCAACCAAUUGAUUCAGAGAAUCGUGCUCGACUCUUCCGACAGAAGCCGGUUAUCUACACCCGCUUCAUAUUCAGUAGUCUGGUGGAGGCCAUUGCCAAUUGUAUACAGUUUAACAAGAACUUAACCAUAUUAAAGCUGGAGGGUCUGCCACUGCAGGAUGGCUAUAUUGAAUGCAUUGCCAAGUCCCUUGCCUCGAAUGAUUGCAUUAAAGAGGUAAGCUUUCAAAAAUCCCUAAUAGGUGACAAGGGAUGCGAGGCUGUCUGCAGCACCGUCAAGUACUUGAAUCACGUUGAGAUCUUCAAUCUCUGCGAGUGCAAUAUUAGCUCAAAGGGAGCUGAAUUUGUGGCCGACAUGAUCAAGAUGCAAAAGAUAACCCGUUUCUCGGAGGGUUGGGAGAUGUCCUUGCGCUAUCGCAGUGUGGAUGUGAAUUCGAUUUCGGGUCUGCGAACCGUUGCCCUGGCCAACAAUCCGAACUUGGGCGACGAGGGUGUUCGCCAUAUUGCCGAGGUGCUUAAGGAAGAUGCCUGGGUAAAGACAAUCGAUAUGGAGAACUGUGGUCUGACCGAUCGUGGUGCGAAUUUUAUACUCGAGUGCCUAGAAUUAAAUAAGGCCCUCACCGAGUUCAAUUUACGCAACAACAAUGGCAUCAGCAAGUUCAUCAUGCGCCAGAUUCGCGAUCAUUUCGGCAAGGAGGAUGAGGACAAGCUUAAGGAGCCGCAAUACGAUCUCAGCUGUGUCAACGGGCUCCAGAGUCUGCCCAAGAAUCAGAAGUAUAGCAUAUCGCAACUGCUUCAGCACACCCGACAGCUGGAGGAGCAGCUCUCGCUGGAGCGAACACUGCGCAAAAAGGCAGAGAAACUGAAUGAGAAACUCAAUCAGAAACUCAUGUCCCUAGAUCUGGUCUCGCCGUCACUGAAGCCGCUAGAGAAAAUCGUAGAGCACGAAAACGGAUACUGCCGAGUUAAGAGCAAUAUUGCUAAACCAUUUGUCAAAAGCAUUGAGGAAGCUCCUCAAGCAUUGGUCAACAGCACUGUUACCAGCAUGGAAUCGUCACCACGCAGUGACACCCUGCGCAAUCAGCAGCAGUAUCACCAGGUACAUUUGUUCGAGGAGCAGCAUGAGGAGGAUGCCGAGGACGAGGAGGCAGAGGAAGUUCCUCCGAUGACAGCCAACAGUCAUCGGCAGAUGCGCCAACAGUUGCAGGUGCGCAAGGUGCGCAGCGAGAUGAAAUAUGUGGAAACAUUCUCCAAAGAGAAAGCCAAGAAGCGGGAAUCCAAAUCGGAUCACGAGUUUGCCAACGAGCGCGAUUUCAAGCUUAAUCCGAAUGUGCAAUUUGAAAUGGACAUUGGCGACAGUUGUUUGGUGAAUGAGCAGCAGGAGCACAAGCGCAAUGAACACCGUCAGGAUGCGAACUACGACAAUAAGUACGGGCACAACAACAGUUCCCAGUAUGGAGCCGAACACAUUGGGGAUGGAGUGCGCAGCGAGAACCACAAGCGCAUGUCUAAGAUGAAGAAACAGCAGAACGGGGAACAGGGCAAUAGCCACAUGGCACUCUACAUGGCCGAGCUGGAGCGAAAGAUUAAUGGCAAAUCUGGAAAGAAGCGACACAAAUCCAAAAUGCAGCACGGCAACAAGGUGCGGGAAAACAAGAAGGGGGGCAUCGAUGACUACGUGCAGGUGGAGUCAUAUAUGGCAAAUAUGGAGGAGUCCUCACUACUGGACAAUGGCGAAACAUCCGACGAGGAAAAGACCGACAGCACAAUAUGUACAGAGCAGGAGGAUAAAUUUGAGCCCAUGAAAGUUUACUUGCGGCGCACACAAUACGAAGAGGACGAGCUCGAAGUGCAGGAUAAUCAAGAUGCUGGGGGACAUAUGAUGUCGCCGCGAUCCGUCUACCUGGAGAUGCAGAGGAAAAUGAAUGAAUCGAAUCAGUAAAUGCGGUAGCCUUAUGUCGCAUCAAAACAACAAGACCAGUGAGAAGAGCGUUUUAAAAGUGCCACCAUAGCAAUAAAAGUAAAAGUCCGAAUAGCUCAACAAAUAGUGGAGGGCCAAAUUUUCAGUUCGCACUGGAGACGUGAUUUAGUUGAGACCAAUUUGAAUAUGUUUGCUGUGAAUUAUAUACCCAAUACUUAUCCGAUCGGGGCUUGGGUUAUUCAGUUAAUUGAACAAAAUAAAAAAGUAAAAACAUAAUGAAUGUGCUAAUGCCGAAA